AUGGGCAGACGACAUCGCCAGGCGAGAAGAAUGGAGCACAGCAAGUGCACGCUGCCAUCUGGCGACAGCGUCGACAGAUUGCCAAUAGAUUGCCAGGAGCAUCCUUCUUACAUCAGUGGCGUGUACACUGUGCAUCCAGAUGGGAUCAAUAAAAACAUUGAAGUGUACUGUGAUAUGACGACCGAUGGAGGUGGAUGGACGGUAUUUCAACGUCGUAUUAACGGUUCAGUGGAUUUCUAUCAAAAUUUCUUCUCAUAUGAAAAUGGUUUCGGAAACGUACAUGGUGAAUUCUGGCUUGGUUUAAAGUACAUACAUUCAAUGACGACAAACGCCUCAUCACUACGGAUUGACUUAGUGGCGGCGGAUCAAUCCUCAGUUUAUGAAGUUUUUCAAAACUUUCGGUUGUCAGCAGCUCCCAACUACACGCUGCAUGUAGAUCCUGGUCAAGGAUCAGCAGGUGAUCACUAUGGAUUGUCGUUUCACAACGGAUAUAGAUUUGCAACGUAUGACAACGACGAUGCCUACAAUUGUUCCCAGCAAUGUCAUGGAGCCUGGUGGUAUCACUAUUGUGCGCACGUGAAUUUAAACGGAAGAUAUAUUACGCCUGGCACAGUUUCUACCGGCCGGUUUACACCCUCUGAUGAGGCUGGGGUUAUUUACAACGAUUUUAAAGGACAUGACUCAUUUAAGGAGACAACAAUGAUGUUCAGGAGAGUUUAGCCCCUUGAAAUUGAAGAAUACAGAUUUAUACUGUAUAUUCGAUCUUUUAAAAUAAAAGUUGGUUAAUGUUCACAACAA